GCCCUCCUGCCGGGCGCCCAGUGGCCCACCGAGGUGCCGAAGGCGGGGCUCCUGGUUGACUCGCCUGCUGAGUGGGCCAAGAUCGUGGGCCACCUGUACUCGCUCGGGAUCGUGGAGGCGAUUGAGGAUGGGCACAUCCUCCGGGCGGGUGACACGCCUGUGCUCAACGGGACCUCCGCAGUCGAGAAGAAAGGCACUCCAGAGGCAGGGGAGCAGAGGCAUUGUCGCUUCAUCAUGAACAUGGUACCUGCCAACAGCUAUCUGAGGAUCAUGACUCAGGACCUGUCGACGCUCACGGCCUCGACCUCUUGGGUCGCUGUGGUGUUGGAGGGCCAGCGCGUGCUUCUCUGGUCGGGCGACGACCAGCAGGGGGCCUUCUUCGUCUGGAAGAUCCCUCGCCCUUGGCGGAGCUUCGCCGCGCUGAAGGGCCGCGCUCCGGGUCGCCUUCUGGGGCGUCCUGAGCUGAAGACCGUGCGCGUCUGCUCAGCCGUCGUACCGAUGGGCUGGCUGCUGGCCGUCGCGCCUUUCCAACAUUUUCAUAGACGGCUGGGCCUGCGCCCCCCUCCCGCUGGGGCGGGCCUGCCUGAGGACGACGAGUGGAGGAGAGACAAGCCACUUCCCAUAGCUCAGGUGGGCAUGUGCCGUUCCUGGUAUCAGUUCUUCAUUGAUGACUUCGAUGCCCCCAGGAUCGUCUUCGACACGGAGGGUGAGAUCGGCGUCGGAUCGGUCUACCAGAAGCGGCAGAGGGCAUCUUACCAGCGGAGCGGCGUGGCCUGGGCCGAGCGCAAGGCCCACCUCGGCGAGACCGAGGUCGAGAGCAUGGGCGUGCUCGUGGACGGCCUGCGGGGCCGCGUCUCCGCCCCCCUCGUGCAGCUGUUCGAGACUAUGCUCUUGGGGGCCCUGCUGGUAACCAAGGACUGGGUCUACUGGGGGACCAUGCUUGUCCUCUUGGGCAAGCUGGUCAGGGCGCUGGAGUUCAGGCGCGUGCUCUUCUGCAUCCUCAGCGAGGUCUGGAAGUUUGCGGACGGCACUCACUCUGGCUGGGUCAACUCUGAGAUGACCGAGGAGCUCCUCUGCGCCAUAGGCCUCCUCCCGCUCGCCUUCCCUGACUUGCGCGCGGAGGUGGGCCCAAGAGUCACCUGCUCCGAUGCGUCGGAGGUCGAUGGUGGAGGUGCCUGCACGUCGCUGAGGCUCUGCCCCGAGGCUCUCGCGAAGCUGACGGCUGCUGCCACCUCGAGCCAGGAGGGCCGCCAGCGCGUCAUGGCGGGCCGCCUGCUGCUGGGCGAGGCGUCCCUCUGGCGGGCCUGGGAGUCGAGGAACCCGGGCCUGCCGCCGCUCGCUGGCGACAAAGUGGCUGCUGUUCUGGUCAUCGGACUCUGCGACGGGAUCGGUGGCAUGAUCGUAGCUUUCUCCAGUCCUCGUACGAAGAUCAUAGGCUACGUCUCGUCGGAGGUGGAUCCCUGCGCGCGCAGGGUUGUCAGGAAGAGGUGGCCUGGCCUCAUCGACUGGGGGGGCAUCCAGGACGUGGGGGCCGAGGAGAUUGGCAAGCUGGACCUGUCGAGGCUGAUGUUCGGCAGAAGGGGCCUCGAGGGCAAGAAGAGUGCCCUUUUCAAUGAGGUACCACGGGUCCUCGGGCUGCUGAACGUGCCGUUCCCUGGGAAGGUGCGCUCCCUCGUUGAGAAUGUCGCAUCCAUGCCGCUGGAGGACAUCGAGCGCAUCUCUGUCGAGCUCCAGCAGCAGCCUGGUCCCAACAGGAGGCCGCGGCUGUACUGGCUGUCGUGGGGCCUCCUGCCGUGCGAGGGCUACUGCUACCAGGACAAGGGGCACUUCAUCGAAGUCACCGCCGAUGGCGCGGAGCGCGUGGAGCUGCCCUGGGUCACUCCUGGCUGGAUCUGGAAUGGCGGCGCGCUGCCAGUGCCGACCCUUGUCUGUGCUAGGCCAUCAUCGCUGCAGCCCACUCGACCUGCUGGCAUUGCUCGGGCUAGUCCUGAGGCUAAGGCGCGCUGGAAAAAGGACGAUCAUCGUUAUCGCGUCGGCCUUUACGAGAGCGCCUGCCUUCUCCAGCAUGAGGCUACCAUGGAGUUCCGACCCCCGUCAGCUGAGGAAAAGGAGGUCCUUUUGGGAUUUGACCGGGGAUGCGCCGAGUGUGCUGUGAAGGGCGGAUCUGGUUUGGGCUCAGAGACCACGCGUUGUUUCCUGCUCGGGAAUAGCUUCUCGGUCUACGCCGUGUCAUGGCUGCUGCAGCACGCCCUGGUCGCUGAUGAGUACCAACCACGGCUGUGGAAACCCUCUGCCCUGUGCCAUGCGGGGAGAUGCAGGGCCCCUUGGAACGACAGCGCUGUGUACCACCAGAGCGACGACUACCAGUAUCAGCCCGAGGCGGAGCAGCUCGUAAGGCACUACCUGUCGAUCGCCGAGAGAGGGGGCGCGGACGUGCGCCUGGACGUCCACCUGCCGUUCAGGCACCGCGCGUGGCCUCGCGUGUCGCUGGGGCCCGGCGUCUGGACGUGGAAGGUGAUCUCGAGCUACCGGUGGCGUGCUGGGAUCGGGAAGCGCAUCAACGCCCUCGAGAUCCAGGCGGCUGUGAACACCGACAAGGGGCGGCUGCGGUCGGGGCAGGGCCGCCCCAGGCGCAUGCUGCACCUCGUCGACAGCCAGGUCGCCGCCUCGGUGCUCCUCCAGCUGUCGCGGGCCUCCCAGAGGCUCUCGGAUCUCAGAGUCAGCGCGGUCGCUCUCAAGAGGUACCGCAUCGCCGUCGCGGAGUUCCUCGCCUUCGCUAUCGAGGGUGGUUUCUCGCUGACUAGCUCUGAGGAGGCUGGUCGUGCACUGGGCGCCUAUGUCGAGCACCAGUGGGCGAAUGGGGGCACGCUCAGCCAGGGGCGCUACGCGCUCGCGGGCUGCCUCUUCUUCGCCCCCGAGCUGCGCACCGCCCUGCCCUUUGCUUGGUCGCUGGUGAAGACGUGGCAGAAGCUGGCGCCCGUCAGCCGCGCCUACCCGGCGAGCCCUGAGAUGGCGCUCGGGCUUGCAGGCGCUGCGCUGGCGGUUGGCCAGCCCUUGCUGGCAGCCCUGGUCCUCGUCACGUUUGAUGCGAUGCUUCGGACCACAGAGCUGCGGGAUGUCACGUAUGAUGACAUCGCGUUCGCUGAGGGCGGGGUCAUCUUGCGGCUCUCCGAGACGAAGAUGGGCGCCAGGACCUGCAAGGUGCAGUUCGUCGUGGUGCGAACGCCGAUCGCAGUCAACUUGCUGCGGGUUGUCGCGACGAGCGCCAUGCCGACGGACCACGUGUGCCCGUGCACGUACGUGCAGCUCCAGCGGCUUUUGAGGUCGCUCCUCGCUCUGGUCUUGGUGCAGCUUCAGGCCAGGAGGCGCCUGCCAUGA